AUGGAGAAGGGUGUCGAAAAAACACAGAUAAUAGAUUAUGAAGGCAAUGUAUUGGAAGAUUUAAAAGAAUGGAUGAUUGAUAAUAAAUUGAAUGAUUUAGGAUUCAAUUAUAAUGUAAUAGCUGUGUUAGGUAGUCAAAGUAGUGGUAAAAGUACCCUAUUAAAUAAUUUAUUUAAGACAUCUUUUGAUGUGAUGAAUACUAAACAAGGACAUAGUCAAACAACAAAAGGUUUAUGGUUAAGUUAUGAUAAAUUUGAUGAUGAGAAUAAUAAUAGUAGUUCAUUUUUUAAAUUAAAAAAAAAGAAUAAACCUACCUUAAUAUUAGAUGUCGAAGGUACAGAUUCUAAAGAAAGAGGUGAUAACAGAUUAACUUUUGAACAUCGUUCUGCUUUAUUUUGUUUAGCAUUAGCAGAUUGUGUUAUAGUAAAUUUAUGGUAUCAUUCAUUAGGUAAUUUUACAGCUUCUAAUUAUGGUUUAUUAAAAACCGUUAUGGAAGUUAAUCUUGAAUUAUUUCAACAAGAAAAAAAUAGUCCGAAGACUAUAUUAUUAUUUACUGUAAGAGAUUGGUUUGAAGAAUUUGCUCCUAUUGAAGUAGUAAAAAAUAAAAUAUUAGAUGAAUACAUAAAUAAAAUAUGGAAAGAAAUGAAGAAGCCUAAAGAAGCUGAGAAAUUAAAUAUUAAUAAUUAUUUCAUUAUUGAAGUAGUUGGUUUAUCUCACGGUAUAAUAAAAAAAGAAGAUUUUUUAAAAGAUGUAAAUAAUUUAAGAGAUAAAUGGAUUAAUCAUUUAAGACCUUCUAAAUAUUCUAGAAAUAUACCAUCUGAUGGUUUUGCACAUUACUGUAAUAAUAUAUGGAAUACUAUUGUUAAACAAUCACAACUAGAUAUUCCAUCCCAAAAAGAAAUGUUAUCUACAUUUCGAUGCCAAGAAAUUAAAAAUAAUGUUAUAAAUAAUAUAAGUAAAGAAAUAAAAGAAAAAUCAAUAGAAUCACAUAAUAAGGUUAUUGAAAAUUUUAAAGAAUGGGCUGAAAAAAACAUCAUAGAAAAAUGUUUAGAUGAUUAUUUUAAAGAUGCUUCUAGAUAUAAAGAAAAUAUCUGUUUAAGAACAUCACAAGAAUUAUUAGAUUAUUUAUUUACACAAUUACAAGCUAUUGUAGAUAAUAAUUUACAAUAUAUUCAAAGAACAUUAUGUACAAAAUUUUUUAAUGAAUUAAGUAAUAUGUAUAAAGUUUGUACUAUUGAGAAAAAUACGUUUUCAUUUUCUAGAGAUUCCAAUUUAAAAACAAUAAAAGAACAUAAUAAAAAUACAUCUAGUGAAGAUGUCAAAAGAGAUUUAUUAAAUAAUAAUCAAGAUAAGUGUUUACAUUUAUGGUCAAACUUUUUAUAUAAUUCAGAUAAAUUGGAAUAUUUUACCCUUUGUAACUUUUAUGAAAAUUAUGAAAAAUCUAAUAUCGAAAUAAGGACAAAUAUGAAAAAUGAUGACAACAUAAAAAGUGAUGACAACAUAAAAAAGGAUAAAAGCAUAAAAAAUGAUGAUAAUAAUAAUAUUACAACGCAUCACUUUAAUUAUAAACCUUCUUUGAGUGUAUUAUCGACUUCUAUAUAUAAAGAUUCUAACCGUAUUAGAAAUGUACAAUGUGGUAUAUUAUUAAAUAAAACAAGACAAAUCAUAAAAAAUAGUUUUAAAAAUAUGGACACAUAUCUUCUUACAACAAAAAAUACAGAAGAAUAUUGGAAUAAUACAGUACAGCUGGUUCUAAAUUUACAAGAUAGUAUUCAUAUAAAUUUAACUAAAUGUUUUAUAAACCUUAAAGGUUCAAAUGACAAAAACUCAAAUAUGUAUGAUGAUGAUGACAUGAUUUAUAAUAAUGAUGAUGGUGAUGAUGCUAAUCUAUCUAAAAAUGAUGAAAGUCAUAAUAAUAAAUUUUCAUUUUCACUUACGAAUGUAAAAAGUAGUUUUCAAAAUAUAAAUAAUAACAAUGAGGUUAAUGAUGAGAUAUGUUAUACAAAUGCUUUAAAAAAAAUAGAUCUAAUUAAAAAUAACCAAGUAUAUAAAAGUACGAUAAAUGAAGAAAUUAAUAAUAAAUUACAAAAUAAAAUAUUUGUAAAUGAAUUAAAAAAUUAUUAUUUAGAUGAAAUUAUGGAUGCGUUAAAAAGUAAAUUAGAUGAAAUAUCAGAAAAUUUGGCUAAUAUUAUUAUACAAAGAUUUGAAUCAGUUUUUAAUUAUGAUGAAUAUGAACAACCAAGACAAUGGAGAGAUAUUUCUAUGGUUGAAUUAAAAAAGAUUUUUCUUAAUUCGAAAAAUUACGCAUUCUUAAUAAUAGAUAUAUUACAAAAAAAUAUAAAAGUUGAAUUAAUUGAUGAUUAUUUACCUAAUAAUUUUAUAAAAGAUGAAAUUAUUGAAAAAGGAAAAAUUAAAGCAAAAAGGAAAAUUCAAGAAAUUUGUAGAGAUGCUCAAUAUAUUCAAGAAACAGGAGCCAAGAUGAGCUUAAAAAAUAUUCCUGUAGUUUUCUGGAUUAUCUUGUUAUUAUUUGGAUGGAAUGAAAUUUUAUUUUUCAUUAGAAUGUUCUUUAAACUAAAUGUAAUCUUACCACUCUUUUUUGCAGUAGCAUUUAUAGUAUCUACUUUUGUAUAUAAUGGAAAUACACAAGCCUUAUCAUAUAUUAAUAAAAUUAUUUUUUAUAUGGCUAAAAAUUCGUAUAAUUUUUAUAAGCAUAUACAAGCAAUUAGUAACCCACCACCAAAAAAUGUGCAAAAAGAAGAAUAG